GAGGAGCAGGUAGAGGAGCGGGUAGAUGAGCGGGUAAAGGAGCAGGUAGAGGAGCAGGUAGAGAAACGGGUAGAGGAGCGGGUAGAGAAACGGGUAGAGGUGCGGGUAGAGGAGCGGGUAGAGGAGCGGGUAGAGAAGAGGGUAGAGAAGAGAGUAGAGGAGCAGGUAGAGGAGCAGGUAGAGGAGCGGGUAGAGGAGCGGGUAGAUGAGCGGGUAAAGGAGCAUGUAGAGAAACGGGUAAAGGAGUGGGUAGAGGAGCAUGUAGAGGAGCAGGUAGUGAAGCAGGUAGAGGAGCGGGUAGAGAAGCAGGUAGAGAAACGGGUAGAGGAGCAUGUAGAGGAGCGGGUAGAGAAACGGGUAGAGGAGCAUGUAGAGAAGCAGGUAGAGAAGCAGUUAGAGAAACGGGUAGAGGAGCAGGUAGAGAAACGGGUAGAGUCGCAGGUAGAGGAGCAGGUAGAGGAGCGGGUAGAGAAGCAGGUAGAGAAACGGGUAGAGGAGCAUGUAGAGGAGCGGGUAGAGAAGCAGGUAGAGAAGCAGGUAGAGGAGCGGGUAGAGGAGCGGGUAGAUGAGCGGGUAAAGGAGCAGGUAGAGAAACGGGUAAAGGAGUGGGUAGAGGAGCAUGUAGAGGAGCAGGUAGUGAAGCAGGUAGAGAAGCAGGUAGAGAAGCAGGUAGAGAAACGGGUAGAGGAGUGGGUAGAGGAGCAUGUAGAGGAGCGGGUAGAGGAGCGGGUAGAGGAGCAUGUAGAGGAGCAGGUAGUGAAGCAGGUAGAGGAGCAUGUAGAGGAGCAGGUAGUGAAGCAGGUAGAGGAGCGGGUAGAGAAGCAGGUAGAGAAACGGGUAGAGGAGCAUGUAGAGGAGCGGGUAGAGGAGCAACCGCUCCAGCUUCAUCCUGAGCGGCUCGGCAGCACCUGA